GUUGUAGUGUAGUACCGCGGCGCUCAGACAGCUGCAGGCUGCGUUUAGUGGAAGACACUGUUGGAAGAGCCCACACAGGCGCUAGGAGCGACAGGAGCGCUUCAGCAAAGCAAUCCUCCAACAGCAUCUCUAUACUCGUCUGCAUACUCUGGUACGACGAGUGCGAGGCAAGUGUUAGAGCAACAACGACGACUAUCUAUCUGUGCAUGGGCGGAGUUGCUGUAGAAUCUCGGACGAUUGUGUUCAGUGUCAGAGUAUCGUAGGAUAAUCAUUAGCAGCCAUGUCACCACAAAGCAGGUGAGUGUGAACGAGGCUGCACGGAGUUUGCCACCGUUAUACUUAAAUAACCUGGAAUCUGGUUCAUCUCGGGAGAACACCGAAGUUUUCGCGGAAGUAUUUGCAGAUAGCCAUUCUUCAGCGUGCGUAAACUUGAAGACAGAGGCUCAAAUCUGAAUCAGAGAUGUCACGAAAGAAGGCACAUAAGAACAAAAGUGGCACAGCGAGCCCUAGCACCGGAACUCCCAACGGCAAAGAAGGUGGUCGAAGCGGGAAAGCCCUCGUGCCCGUGGUCCAAGCGACCGGAGUGGUCCACCCUAGUCGCCCUGCUUUCAGCAACAGCAGCGAGUUUUAUGACAUUGCAUUCAAGGUGAUGCUGGUGGGAGACUCUGGCGUGGGGAAGACCUGUCUGCUGGUGCGUUUUAAAGAUGGAGCCUUCCUGGCCGGCAGCUUCAUCUCCACUGUGGGCAUCGACUUCAGGAAUAAAGUGCUUGACAUGGACGGGGUCAAAGUGAAGCUGCAGAUCUGGGACACUGCUGGCCAGGAGCUUAGGGAGAUGGUGUCACAUGCUUAUUAUAAGAGGUGUGUGUCUCUUUUGCUUCUGUAUGAUGUCACCAACAAAGCCUCCUUCAGCAACAUCCAGGCCUGGCUGACGGAGAUCCAUGAGUACGCCCAGAAGGACGUGGUGGUGAUGCUGAUUGGGAACAAGGCGGACUCCUCUCAGGAGCGGGUGGUCAAGCGCGAGGAGGGAGAGAAACUAGCCAAGGAGUUCGGUGUGCCCUUCAUGGAGUCCAGCGCGCGGUCUGGGCUGAACGUGGAGCUGGCGUUCACCGCCAUCGCUAAGGAGCUGAAGCAUCGGAGCAUGAAGGACCCGGACGAGCCCAAGUUCCAGCUGCAGGAAUACGUCAACAAGGAGAUGAGGACUGGGGGCUGCUGCAGGUCCUGAAGGGUGUGUGUGUGUGGGGGCUGCUGCAGGUC